GCAGACCAGGAGAGUGCUGAAAAGUCCGAGGCGGCCCUGAAGCUCUCAGCAGCAGUUGACUGGAGGGAAUGGAGCUGCGACGCUGCUGUUGUUUUCUCCGCCGCACAUUCGCAUCAAGUGUCACCGCGGAGCCUCAGCGAGGAUCAGCGCCGUGGACGGAGUAGCAGACGGAGAACCGAGGCUCAGCUCCAGACAACAGAGAACCACAACAGAGAUCCACAACAGCUGUCAACAUCUGCCACCGAGCCGAGCGCGUGGGGAUGCUUCGCGUGGGGUGUAGUGAAAGAAACGCGCGCUUAGUGAUUAGUAUGUAGACAAGAAGCUAAUUAACUGGUAAUUAUAUAAGUCGACUUUAACCCGCCCCAGUGGCUCGUUUGUCUCCCGGCAGAGUGAAAUUAGAGCCGCCGGAGGACACGUAGUAUUUAUUCAAAGGAGUUUUCAAUUGUCACCAGCGCACCUUGGAUUUCAAUCGAUAUCACAAAGCAAGUGUGGAGCCGAGGACGAGGUCCAAACAAUUCAAGUCAGAGCUGAAUCAGAGAGAGAGAUGACCCUUGUUUUGUCCAUGAAUCCUUUCCUGGACCCAGAGGGAGACCCUCCGCUCUCCGCAUACCAGCCCAUAUGGGAAUCAGAGCGCUGUACUAAGACCUGCCUGUCUAACCCUGCCCCGCCAUGCAGCUCCGAAGGGCAAUUUACACAAGCAGAACCUUCUUGUAGACGAGUUCCUGAUCAUGUUUCAGUGUCAAGAAUUGCAUACUUCAAGAGGAAGUUUGUUGAUGAUGAUGAAGAGCCUCCCUUCAGUUUCAGGACAUACUGUCAGACUGUUGCACCAGUUCUGGAGGAGCGUGCCCAUGUGCUGCGCCUCUCUCUGGAGAAAAUGCGAUUCAUCGAUGACCCAGAAGCAUUUCUCCGACGCUCGGUCCUUGUUAACAACCUCCUUCGUCGUCUGCGAGCUGAAAUCCUGCUCCAGAGCACCGACUGGUGCUUCCCACCCAACCCAGCGUUUGCCACUGGCCCCUGUGUCCUCCCACCCAGCACCAACCCCACCCACCAGGCACUCCACAGAGCUAUACCCACCCGGAUUUGCUUAGCGCCUCAGGCUGGACCGCCAUUUCGCAAGCGUUUCCGAAUGGUCCGCGGAAGUCAGGGGGAUGUACGCCCUGACUGUGCCCAGACAUGCUGCUGCAUUUACGCAGCAGCGGCUGCUGCAGGACACUACCUCCACCUCCCGUUCUCCAUGUAUGAUGCAGCACUCUCUACCUGCCCAUCCACACCACACUCCUCCUCCUUUUUUCAGCUGGCUAGCCAGAGUAAGUUAGGGCUGAGAGUGGCUGUAGAUGAUCAUGAUGAGGAGGAGGAAGAUAUUGAAGAGGAGGAACAUGAAGAAGAAGAAGAGAGAGAGGAAGAGGAGGAGGAAGAAGAUGAUGAAAGAAGACAAGCAGGGCCUUCUGCUAAUGUUAAGGACAAAUCAAGCCAGAAAAGUAGGACUAGGACCUUGCUGGGUCAUGCGCAUGUGAGGACAGAGGACAGCUGCAUGACAGAUAGAGUAGAGGAGGAGGAGGGAGAGCAAGAGGAAGAAGAAGAGGACGAGGAUGAGGAGGAGGAAGAGGAGCAGGUUGUGAGACCUUGUCAGUGGGACUCUAGUUCCUCAGAGAGAGAGUUCCACAAAUUUAGCUUUUGGCACCGCAGGGCUCAUAGACAAUAACUGUGCUUUCUGUAAAAUUACUAACAUUCUAAGUCUGUUAGAAUGAAAUGUAAUGAUGACAACAACUGCCAUCAGUUGAAGAUUAUUUUACCUCUUAGCAGAUUAAGAUGUAAGCUACCUAUAAUAUAGUAAUGCCAAGUCAACUUUAUUUUAACGGUCUAUUAUACUCCAGGGUGGCACACAGACACAGCUCUAUUGGUAGAUGAAGAAAAAGCAGUUACUUCUUGGCCCCUGUUGGUACUGAACACAUUUCUCAAACAAUUAUAAAGACUAAGGUCAUAUAUGGUGGGAUCUUAGAUCCCAAAGGUGAAGUGAAGCUUGCUAUUGCACUGUCUCAUAGACCAUUUUCAAGCCCCACAGCACAAAAGGUCUCAAUAGGGGCUUUAUAUUGGUGCAACGGUCUCAUUUCAGGACCCUAAACAAGCCUAUGAAAUAAUGGGUGGUGGAGUGCGUGUUUCUGUGUGUGUGUGUGUGUGUGUGUGUGUGUGUGUGUGUGUGUGUGUGUGUGUGUGUGUGUGUGUGUGUGUGUGUGUGUGUGUGUGUGUGUGUGUGUGUGUAUGUGUGUGUGUGUGUGUGUGUGUGUGUUUGCAAGAUAUAUGUAGCAUUUUAAAACUUGAUUUUAGGCUGUUCUUUUUAUUAUUAAACAGGGGUUACACAGAAUUAUGUGUGCCUGUUGAUUCUGACGCUGUCUCAGGCAAUGGCAAGCGACUGUGCUGCAGCAGCAGCACAAUGUGUAUACUUCAAAUUACUUUAAGACAACACAAUCAUGAACAUUGUUAAAUCACAAUUUAAAGUGCCUUAGUGUUUUUCUAGAUACAUGUAUAUUGUGUGUUAAUGUAAUUGUUCUUGUUACUAAAUAGCUAUCUCGCAUUCCGUUUGACUAAAGCAGGACACAGGCAUGUAGUUAAAUGCAGGGAUUCUUCAAAAUGGCUAAGAACUGAGAGCAAACUAAAUUUUCACACCCAAAAAGUGUUUGUUUUUACUUCAGAAUGCAUGUUUUCUAGCACUUUCUGUCUUGACAAAGCACAAACUUGCAGGCAACUUUAAGGACAGAUGUUAAAGCCUUGAAAAGCUAAAUGUGUCAAGAACCUCAUUUAUGUUCAUUAGAUUUAACUGGAAAAGGCUUGUUGUGGUUUGGCUGCUCUGUCAUUGAUGAAGGUUGACCAAAAAUGACAUGAAUUUAAAACCAUCUAACCAGAUCCUGCAUUCAAUUUAAAAAUUGACCGAGGCAUCAUUUUGCUGUCUGUCCAAUCAGAGUCAUUUUGUAUUUUGUAUCUGCCAAUACCUGACAGCAUAACUAAUUAAUUCACACUUUAUGUAUUUUAGAUGAGCUGUAGUGCAUGGUUGUGGUCUGGUCUUGACGUUUAGUGACCAGAGGAGAUGGGCAAGUUUGUGUCGGCAAACAGAGAGCAUUUUUGGUGACCAUAACAAAGGCCACCAUAACAAAGUUUUGUGUGACUUUUCAUGACCUCUGGCAAAAGGUUAUGAUUUAGCAAAAGAUGGGAAUGACGAGAACAUAACUUUUAUAACCCACUUUUAUAACCUGCAUCAUCUGUGCAUUGACUAAAAUAAUACUUUCAGCAGACGACAAGAGACUGCUGAACUCAAUUUUGUGUUAUCAAUCAAUUAUUGAUUCAUAAUGCUGCAUCUAUAAAGAAAAUUAGUCAAGCUCACAACAGCUGUGUGACAGCGAACAUAAACUAGACCCUCCAGAAAAACGCGGACAAAAAUCCUUGUUUAUGCGGGCUAAAAUCCUUGAUUAUGCGAAUGAAUAUGCGGGGUUUUUAUGCCAUUUUAUGCGGGGAAAUUGCGGAAAGUUGCAAAGUACGCGAAUAGUUGUGAAAUAUGCAAAAAUAUGCGCGAUUCACCUGCCGUCUGGCCAUGGAGGGAUGUGUCCUCUAAUCAGACACUGGGACUGCUGCGGGGUUACUGGACUGACAGCCUGUGCUUUGGGAGGGGGAGAAGCUCACAGCAGCACCUGUUGCUUGUUGAGGACAGUGACUGCAGAAUGAUCCGAGUUUUCCUGUCAGUCUCCAAAACGGCAGAAACAGUCGCUGGAUUUGUCGCUAGUCGCUUUUGACAAAAAAAGUCGCGAGGAGCUUUGAAAAGUCGUUAGAUUUAGCGAGAAAGUCGCUAAGUUGGCAACACUGGUGCUGCGCUCCGCAUCAGCUCGUGCUUCUAGUGUGUGUGUGUGUGAAUGCGCGAACUGAUAACGUCAGGCCGGGCGUCACAUAAAAACUCACAACUCAUUUUUUUCUCAUUUUAUGCGGAAAUUGUGAAAUCAAGCGGGACCCGCAUAUUUCUCUUUUUUUUUCGUGGAAAUGUGAGAUUCUUGCGGGAAUUAUGCGCUGUUUUGCGGGGAUUAUGCGUUUUUUUGGGAAAUAAUUGACCCCCGCAUAAUCAGCGGCAUUUUGGUGAUUAAUGCAGGAAUUCAUGCGAUCGCAUAAUCGCGUUUUUCUGGAGGGUCUAAUAAACAAAGAAUCUGGCUUAGGUUUGUGCCUAAUUAUUUCGUAAAUGUCUUGAUUGAAUGACCCCAAUUGUCAUGAUCAUUUUCUAUGUUUCUAUGCUUAGGUUUAAUGCUACGCUAAGCUCAAUGACUGCUGACAGACACGAUCAUGACAUUAACAUCAUCUCACCUAAACAAAGCCAAUACAAGUAUUUCCUAAAAUAUGUGUCUUUAACUAUCACAGUAUCCUCUGCCUCUAUAGUCCCACCUGUGUAACUGGCCUGAGGUUUCUUACAUUUUAAGUGUCUAGAAUCAAGCAUAAUUUAAAAAUAAUGACUGCAGAACAUUACCAGCCUGUUUAUGUAUAAACUGGUGACUAUAUAUGUGAGACUCAAAUACAAUAUCCCAAACCAUUCAAAGACAGAUCCAGUACCAAACCAGUUCUUAUCUUUACGAGCCUUUUUGAUGGCAUGAUCAGUGAAUUAUUUGUUGCUGUGUCUCGUUUGGGACUUCUGAAGAUUACAUGAUGACAAACCCAAACCAAAGUUGUUAAAAAAAAAAUGGGAAGACUCUGUGCUAUUGUUGUAUUUUCUUUCUUGUGUCGUAGCUUAAGGCCCAAGUCAUUUGGAUGGAUGGGCUUGGCUGUCUGUUAGGUGAAAUCAUUCUUUGUCCUACCCAUUUUCUGAUGUACAAAAUUGUAAUGACAUCAGUGACUACAACUACACGAGUUGAGCCUGUUUCAUUUAUUUUCUCCAAACCCUAAAUGAUUAAACCAAGACGUUAUCGGUAGUAUUUCUUAAAGAAUGAAAGAAUUUGACAAAGCAAUAUCUGUUCCUGAGACGAGAACAUGUAACUGCAUUGUCUGUUAUUAAAAACAAAAGAGCAAGUCUGCUCUGAUAAUUUCAUGUGAUGUUCUGUGACAAGUGUAAAGAUCAGUAAAAGAGAUGUUGAGAAAACA